CUGGGGGCCUGUGGCUUCAACAGCAGAAUCUUCCCCCACGUUUACCCCAUCAAGCUCGUCCGGGUGAACGAAGACACCAUGGAGCUGAUCCGGAGACCAGAUGGGCUCUGCAUGAGGUGUGAGCCAGGAGAACCGGGCCAACUGGUCGGGCGCAUCGUCCAAAGUGACCCCUUGCAGCGUUUUGAUGGCUACCUCAACCACGAGGCCAACAACAAGAAGAUCGCCCGAGAUGUCUUCACCAAAGGCGACUCUGCCUACCUCUCAGGGGACGUCCUGGUGAUGGACGAACUGGGCUACCUCUACUUCCGCGACCGCACCGGCGACACUUUCCGCUGGAAGGGCGAGAACGUCUCCACCACGGAGGUGGAGGGCACCCUCAGCCGCAUCCUCAGCAUGGCGGAUGUGGUGGUGUACGGCGUGGCCGUGCCAG